CGGGGCUCUGGGUUAUUGCUGAGGGACAAACUAUUGGGGGGCUUUCUUCUUAUUUUUGCUGAUUUUCUGGAUUUUUGCUGAUAUUAGUAGCCAACAUGUCAAUAGCAAACAGAGCAGCAGAGUAUAUGCUCUCAGAUGCUUUACUGCCGGAUACCCCUCCAAAUAAGAAAGGCCUCCGCCUGGAAUUACCCCUGGAUUAUAUCCUUAAGGUGGUCUCUGUUGGCCUCCCCCUGCUACUUGUCUCAUUGACCUUUGCCCGGGAACUUUCUACAGGGUCACAAAUUAUCUGCUUUUCUCCAAGUAAUUACACUGAGAAGCAAAUGCAGUAUGUGGACAAACACUGCUGGCAGUCACUGACGCACCACGACUUCACCGACAACGGCAAACUGUCAUCCACAUCCCUGUGGAUCCAUAAGGUGUUCCCGUUCACGCUGAUGGUUGUUGCCAUGGUGAUGUAUGUUCCGGUUGCACUGUGGAGAUAUAUUUCCAAAUCUGCAUUAUACCCAGAUCUCCUCUUCAUCAUUGAUGAGCUCGACAAAUCCUACAAUCGAUCCAUUAGACUAGUGCAACAUUUACUGAAGACCCACAGGACCUGCCCGGACCCGCUGCUGUUCUGGGAGGAGCUGAAAAGUGCUCGUCACGUCCGAUACUUUGAGUUUCCUCUGCUGGAGAAGUAUCUUAGCUGCAAGCAGCGGUCGCACUACAUUGCCUUUACCUACAUCUUCAGGAACAUCCUCCUUUUACUUCUCAUCCUCCUCAGCUGCUUCUACCUCGGAUUCUUCCAUCUUAACAUCUUCAACAAGGAAGAAUUUAUCUGUCAUGUGAAGCCAGGAAUUCUGGUGUCUGAACCAUCCACAUCCGAAUUCGUCAAGUGCAAAUUAUUAUCUCUGUCCGUCUUCCAGGUGAUCAGUGUGGUCAAUGCGGUGGUUUACCUGCUGCUGUUGCCCAUCAUACUGUUCAAUAUAAGCAAACUGUUUCACUGGGACAAGCAAUUCCUGAACGUCUAUGAGAUGCUGCCCGCCUUCGAUCUCCUCACCAACAAGAUGCUUGGCUGCCCCAUCAACGACCUGAACAUCAUCAUCAUGUUCCUCCGUGCCAAUAUUUCCGAGCUAAAGUCUUUUGGCCGCCUCAGUGUCCUUUGUGCGCUUAAGAAGACAGCCCGGCACAAUGAGAAGAUCGACACCGUGGUGGACUUCAUGACACUGCUGGUGGGAAUGGACGAAGAUUAUGCAACUCCUGAUUUUUCAUGUGAGGAAAACAUGGUGGCGAGUGAAGCACAACCCACAUCAAAACCAAACAGCUUUGAGAUGGUAAAAAAAGAGGCCAAAACAUAGAAGAUCUGUCCAGGUGAAGGAGAGACGUGUUCCCCUCUUCACAUUCUAUUAGGUUAUUUGUGAGGGAGAAGAUCAUGUGAUGUGCCGGAUAACACCACCCAUCAUUUCCAGCUUGUUAUAACAUUAUCUUCGUUGGACAUGAUCGUCCUCUUUUUUUUUUUUUUUUGGGGGGGGGAAGGAAGGAGUUCUGCUGUGGGCAAGACCCCUCCCUCUCCUAUAGUCACCCCCAAAAUGUCCCCUACAGCACAAAUUCUAUUUACGGAUUUAUAUAAAUAAAGUGAAAUAGUAAUUUUA